CGCUCCGCAGCGCCGGGCCAGCUCCGCUUCCGCACGGCGCGCAGCAGAGACACAAGCUGCAGGUGUUGGCUAUGGCUGCAGUGUAUCAAGCACUGCACAGGAGAGUCUCCUCCCUCGCCUGCAGGUUGCACUCCACCUAUGUGAGAAAAAUGAGAUACUUAAAUCAGUUAAAGGAAGAUGACAGCCUUUGUAGACAAGCUCAGACCUCAGGAACUUUCUACCUCUUUCACAAUCUCUCCCCCUUCCUGCAGAAAGUUGGGAAGAAAUAUUUGGUACCACAGCUCAGUGCAGCAGAGACGAGACAGAUUCUGCAGAAGCUGCAGGAGAACGAGCAGUGGAUGGAGAAGUCGGUGCUGAUCGGAUGUUCGGACGAGCACAGGCCACGCUUCGCGCUGGAUUUAGGAGCCUUGGAUAAAUCAGUCAUUGAGUCAGAACUGCAGGGAUCAUUUACUGACCUACGAAAGGCUCUCUUUGUCGUGGACAGGAAGGAUUCUCCUUUGCUGGCUUCGGCCCAGUCCCUCCUGCGGUGGCACGAUUCCCACCAGUACUGCAGCAAAACUGGGCAGCCCACUGAGAAGAACCCAGCUGGCAGCAAACGUGUCUGCCACGCCAGUGGAGUCACUUACUACCCUCAGGUGUCUCCAGUGGUCAUCACCCUGGUGUCCGACGGGAGCCGGUGCCUCCUGGCCCGACAGCCCUCGUUUCCCCCGGGGAUGUUCACGGCGCUGUCAGGCUUCUGUGACAUGGGUGAGAACGUGGAGGAGGCAGUGCGGCGAGAAGUGGCCGAAGAGGUGGGGCUGGAGGUGGAGUCGCUCCGCUACUCGGCUUCCCAGCACUGGCCCUUCCCCAGCAGCUCCUUAAUGAUUGCCUGCCACGCCCUGGUGGGAGCCCAGCGGGCCGAGAUCAGUAUGGACACCUUGGAACUGGAGGAAGCCCGAUGGUUUGGCCUGGAGGAAAUUGUGGAGGGUCUCAAGAGGGAGCCCAGCUCUUCCAAGCAAGAUGAUGGUAGUGUUUUACCCUGGUUCCCUCCCAAACAGGCCAUUGCUCACCAGCUGAUCCGUGAGUGGCUUCAGCAGCAGCAGACUGCCCACACAGCUUAGGCAGGGCUUCAUCCACUCUGCGAUUCCACCAGAACUGUCAAAGCUCCACAGAAAAGCUUCCAAAGCCCCUGGAGGCAAGGGCUCUGUCACAGUGAGGGCAGCACCACACUGAUGGCACUCAGACACACUGACCUGCAGAGGUCUCUGAACUGACCUGACAGGCCCACGUACAGUGGAUCACCUCUGAGAUCCCAUGGUUUGAAGUAAAUGUACAAUAAAAUUCUUAGUACCAAAGCAUCAAACUUGUUGUGACCAGCUGUCACUGACCCCAUGGUACCAAUGCCCCAUUUUCCUCCAUCUCUUCUGUUCUGGGGUGGGCAUCCAGUGCACCCUUUUCCCCAGAACAAAAAUAAAGGGAGAGUGGCACUUU